AUGUCCGUCAUUCCCCGUUCCCUUGCGCGCGCCAGCGCCCGCGCCCCCCUCACCCGACCCACUUUCCGCUCUGACAAGCGCAAGUCGCUGCGCCGCUGCCCCGCAGCGCUACACGAGGAAAUUGUCCGCCACGCCGCACGCCGCGGCACCCCGCUCACCAUUAGUGAGCUGUAUAAGUUCGGCAAGCGCGCCCUGGCCACCCCCGCUCGCACCCGUCUGCAGAGCGCACAAUGGCUCCACGGUGAGCUCCCCGUCCGCCUUGCCCAUCGCGCCCGCGAACUCGGCGAACUACCCUACGGCCUCGCCGACAUGCCCAGCGUCCGAGAGGUCCGCGAAAUGUACCAAAACAGCUUUUGUGACAUCGUCGAAAGCAGUCCCCCGCAGGACGCCGCCGACGAGGAAAAAUUUUCCGAAAUUCUUGGCAGGAUAAGGACAAGACAUGACGACGUCGUCAAGUUGAUCGCCAAGGGUGUCAUCGAACUCAAGGAGUUCUGCGGCAAAGGCACCACGGAUUUGGAGAUUCGGUCCUUCCUCGACCGCUUCUACAUGUCCCGCAUCGGCAUCCGCGUCCUCAUGUCCCACCAUCUGGCGCUGGGGGGCGGGCAGCCAGGCAUGGCGGGCGUCAUCAACAACGCCUGUCGCCCGGCCGACCUCAUCGAGCAGGCCAUCCAGGCCACUCGCUCGCUGUCGUACCAGCACUAUGGGGAGUCUGCGACGGUCGAGCUGCGCGGCAACACGAGUUUGGAAUUUCCGUACAUCGACGCGCAUCUGUAUCUGUGCCUCUUUGAACUGCUCAAGAACUCGCUCCGCGCCACGGUCGAGACGCAUCGCGACGCGGCCGAGCUGCCGCCCGUGCGCGUCAUCGUGGCCGACGGAAAGGAGGACGUCACGAUCAAGAUCUCGGACGAGGGUGGAGGUUUCCGGCGCUCCGAGAUGAAAGGAGUGUGGACGUAUCUGUUCACCACGGCUAAGCUGCCCGCUAAGCAACUGUUCUCGCUCGAGGACAGGUGUGACAGGACAAAUCGACCAGACCCGAUUGCUGGAUUUGGGUACGGGCUGCCGUUGUCGAGGCUGUACGCGAGAUACUGGGGAGGGGAGCUGGGGCUCAGUAGUAUGGAAGGGUACGGCACGGAUGCUUACUUGCACUUGUCCAAGCUGGGAGACAAAAAGGAGUGCUUGACGGCAUGACGAUCUUGUAUAGAUGUUUGUAUAGACUAGCGAAGGAGGGUGGCUGCUAUUAGGCAUUUAAAGAAAGCACGGAUGUGGUAAUGAAGUGCGGUAGUACUGUAUGAUACGGUAUGCUGCCAAGUACAGUACGCCUCGACAUGACA